AUGAUAACAUACGACUUUUAUCAGACGGAGGAUAAGGUUAUAAUCACAAUUUUAAAGAAGGGCUUGGAGUCAAGUCAGUGCAAAGUGGCAUAUGAUGAUGCUACCUUGACGGUGUACGCUGGAGAUGAAAUUAUAUUUGAUACUGAAUUGCUAUAUCCUGUAAUGGCUGAUAACAUACAGUUGAAGUGUAGCAACUCAAUGGUACAGUUUUUGAUAACCUGGGGAAGUUCUACUGUUGAAGUUACGCUGAAAAAGAUAAUUGCGCAACACUGGGAAACGUUGGAGAGGAAGAAGCCGGUUGAAAUGAAAAAAAAGAAUUUGCUUGCUCAAAUGGGAGUUAAUUCUGCCUUAAAUACAACUCGUUUGUCGUUGGCAAAAGAAGCCGAAGAAGAUGAAGAAAAAGCUGAGGGGGAGAACUCAGUCAACAAACUUUUUCAGGCAAGUUUCUGCAAUUGUCAGCUAACCAGCAAGUUGUAUCUCUCGUUUGGUCGUGACACGACCAGUUUUUUAAUUUAUUGGAAUUUUGUUUUUCCAAUGAAAAAAAUUUAUGCUGAGUCCAGCGAUGAUGUUAAAAAAGCAAUGUUGAAAUCAUAUACUGAGAGUGCAGGAACUGUGUUAAGCACCAACUGGAAUGAUAUAAAGUCAAAGAAAACUGAAAUAAAGCCACCAGAAGGUAUGGAGUUCAAGAAAUGGUAG